AUGAAGGUCUCAAUCACUCUUUGCUUCCUCGGUCUCCUACUCUUUCUUACGUCGGCAUCCGCUAAGGAAAGUCAGCAAGAAACUCAACGGAUUAGAAAGCAUGAAAACAUGAAAUUCUCUUCUCCACAACGGAACAUGGCUUCUGGAGCAGCUGUCGGUGGAAUCUUGAACUCUGCUUAUAAUGUCAUUCAAAACGGUGCGAAAGCAUCGGCUGGGGUCAUCGAAAAAGUCAUUGUUUCUGCACAAACUUACCCAAAAUUCAACACCAUUGGGGAUCUCGGAAAUCUCAAAGUACCGUACCCUGAUGCCGUCAUGAACAACGCAGUUGUUAGAGUGACAAAAACAAACAUUCAACACGUAGCUUCUUCACCAGCAAUGAAUUUUUUGAACAAAGUCGCACCAGCCGUGAUGGCAGCAUCAGUUGCAUAUGAUGCUUGGGAGAUUUUUGAUGAUGUCAAAGAAGGAAAUCGGGGAGAAGCUACAAGAAAGGUUGUCACGAAAGGAUCCGCAUAUCUCGGAGGAUUCUAUGGAGCAGCUGCAGGAUCCGUUCUUGGAACACUGGUCUUCCCAGUUGUUGGAACAGCGAUUGGAGCGAUUCUUGGUGGAAUAUUCGGCGGAGUUUUUGGAGGACUUGGUGGCGACGUUAUUGUAGAAAUCUUGAGAUUGUAA